CGGCUGGAGGCGGAAACCGGAAACCGGAAGCGACCAUUCGCUCACCUUAGCCUACCCUGACCCUUCCCAUCAGCAGCUCGAAAUUCCAGGAGAAAGGGGCGAGUCGACUCAAGUCUGGUCUCACGUGUACAAAUCCGAUUUCUCUGUCCAGUUGCUUGAAACUGAAACAGAGUGAAAGGAAAGGCCGAUAAGUCGGAAGUGACCUUGGUUCAGCCCAGUUGCCAUGGAGACUAAUAGUAACAAUUUUGGUGAACUCCAGGAGUUGAAGGACAUGGCUACUUUAGCCAAGCUGCUGGCGCGGGCACCCUUUCUAGAAAGUCAGUACUACUUUAGGAACCGCGCCGUUGAUUCAUUUAGGAAAUUCGAGAAUGAUGCAGCUGUGAUGAUCCAGAGCUGGUUCCGAGGGUGCCAAGUCCGGGCCUAUAUGAGGCACUUGAACAGAGUAGUGACAAUUAUUCAAAAGUGGUGGAGAAGCUACUUAGGCAGAAAAUUUUACCAACUUGUUGUUGAGGCAGCAUAUUAUACUAUGAAGAUGAAUCUCUACAAUGAAAUGGCUGUCAGGAUUCAGAGACGAUGGCGUGGCUUUAGGAUCCGGAAAUAUUGCUUUAAUUAUUAUUAUUUGAAGGAAUAUUUAAGAGCUGUUUCAGAAACCAAUGAUGCAAUUCGGGAGGCUUUGGAGGAGUUCGCAGAAAUGAAAGAGAGAGAAGAGAGAAAGGUUCUCCUGGAACGAGAGGAGAAGCAAAAAGAUUACCAAGCCCGCAAGAUGCAUUACCUGCUCAGCACAAAGCAGAUUUCAGGUAUAUACAAUUCACCUUUCCGAGAACAUCCUGACCCAUGGGAACUGCGGUUGCAGAAGGCAAAGCCUUUGGGUCACCAGAAGUACACUGCAGAAAAGGGCAAGACCUCCCAAAGCCCUAGUAACUGGCUGGCAUGCACCAGUGUCCACUCCUUCCCGCAGUCGGAGAGUCUGCCACCUAUCAGCAGGAAGCGGUGCCAGGGACCCUUCCGAGACAUCAAUGAAGUCUUGGAACAGCGUUAUAAGCCUUUGGAGCCUACCCUGAGGGUGGCAGAACCCAUCAACCACCUUCGUCUGGCCAGAGAGGCAUUCAAGCAAGAGGAACGCAUGCGCAACGUGCAAGACAAGAUGUUUUUGCCAUUUUCUUCCUACCAUAAAAAGGAGAAGUACAUCCCAAUGAUACACUCGUCAAGUGCGUAUAAUUCUGACUCUUAUGGACAGAAGCACUUUCGCAGUCAAGACUCUAAGAAGUGGAUCUCUGACAAGGAUUUCCAGACUGUUCUGCCUUCAUUUCAACUCUUCUCGAAGUAUGGAAAGUUAUAUUCGAAAGCUGGAGAAAUUGUAUAAAGAGAACAGAAGACGAAAUGUGGAAAUGAGGAUAAGAUGAAGUGAGCAUGAAAUGGAAGAUGCCACUGCUCAGAGUUCCAGACUCUACCUCCACAGCCGAGGAACAAUCUUGACCUCUGUCCUUUGACCUUGGUGCACUCCUACGAGCGAGCUCCAUCUCUUUCUCUGUCCUCCCCUCCCUCCUCCUCUCCCCCUCCCAAUCCCGACUCAUUCUCCUGUACUCACUUUCUCAUCUGUCAGAAAAAAAAGUUAAAACCGUUUCUGGUUCAUUAUAAACCUUUAUAGUUUGAAAGGAAAACACAAAAGAGGCUUUUAUAAGAACUAUUCAGAUUUACCAGUGAGCCAGACUCACUGGGAUUCAAUAAAUUGUAACAUUCAUUUUACAGCUCAUGUGUGUUGUGGGGGCGGGGAGGUGUAUGUGUCAUGUGCAGUGUUUGUGUGAGGGAGGUAAAUGUGAGUUUGUGGUGUAAAGCCAUGGGGGUUGGUGGUGGAGGUAUUUCAGAUUUUCUCAUCUAUUUGGGGACAAAUGCCUUUGAGAACAUCUGUUGACAACUAUAGCCUUUUUCACCCAAAGUGCCAUGAAUGGUUCUAGUGAAGGUUCUAUUGAAGUGACAAUAUUCUGACCCCUGUCACUCUACUCAGUAAUGAGAAACCUUGAUCCUGGUCCCUGUGUUACUGGACAACAAUUAUUAACAGCUAAUAUGAAGUGUGGAUGGUAGGGAAGUUGUUAGUAUAAACGUUCUUCCACAAGAGAAAUGAUGACACAUUACUGGGAAAUAAUACCUCCAUGUCUGUUGUAUGAGACUAUUCCUUGACAGGCAUUAACAAACCUCUUUUAUCCAAAGCAGAGAGCCAACAAGAGAUCAAAGUAGGGCUACCACCACAAUUCAACUUGAACCAAUGUGUUUUAUUGAGGUUACUUAUAGCAGUAGAAAUGGCUCAAAGAAAGACAACUGCAUCACCAAAAGCCCAUUUCAUCAAGGGCAAGAGUUCAUAAAAUCUGGAAACCUAGAGCCCACUGAACAACUUGCAAGCAGCUUUACAAGUUAAAGAGUGUCUUCUAUAGGCAGCUCCUAUUGGCCUGAGCCUCUUCCAGGCACCUACCUCAGCUUGUCUGAGAGUGUCUCUUAGCAGUCCUUACUACUACUUUUAAAAGCUUAGAAGAGGGAGGGGCAUAGUGCAUCUGGUCAGUUUCAGGGACUUCCUGAAACUUAUGAGUUUUUUUAGUUCUGACUCUUAACAGCUCCCUGCAGAAUGUAGUGUUUCAUUUCAGAAGAAAUUGCUGCAUAACAACGUCCUGGAACUUGACAUACAACAGACCCAGAGUAGUGGGUAUGUGAGCCAAGCAGAUAUGUUUGGAGAUGAGAAAUGCAUUUGCAGGCUGCUUAGAAUGGAGCAGUAACAAGAGCGCCUGGUCUUGUGGCUGCGGCUAUUCUGGUGACUCUGAAUUGUGAUUUGCUAAAAGCCAGGAAAACUGUGUAGAGAUGAAGAGAGCGGGUCAGCAUGAGAGAGAGGAAACUGGCGAGAACAUGUUGGAAGACGAGCUGCAGGCUAACUGGUGCCUCCCACCUUCAUUACUGUGCUUCCAAAUCAAUCUCUCUGCUCUCCUUGAGUGGCAAAUAAAAAAAUCAGCUCACAAGAUAUAUGUGUGUGCUGUUCGUGAUGAUCCUCACCGUCCAUCUGCCGCACAUGCCAGCCUGAAGACGCUGCAGGGAGAAUUAAAGAUGUCCCGAGUCCACAGCAGAAUCCAGAGGCCUUUUUCUUCUGGACACAUGGCGUUGGUCACCUGGGGCUUGUCCCACCUCGUCCACUCUGCGGCAAAGAUGAUGAUUGCUGGUGGACAAUAACUGACUGCAUGCCUAACCUUCCAGAGCAACCAACUGGCUUAAAAUCUAGAGCCCAAGUGAGUCUGAUAUUUGUGAUGAUUAAUCUGGCCAACCAGAGUCACAGUGGAAGCAACUAUGUGGGCACACCUGCAAGAUACCAUCUAAACUAGGUUAAUUGAGGUGGGGAGAGUGACCUGAAGGCAAGCCCUACCAUUCAAGGCCUCGACUGAACACCCAGGAGGAACCAGCACUCAUCCUUGUCUCCUCUUACUGUGGACAUGGGCACAGAUCUGAUGUCUACUUGGACCACAUGACUCUUCUUCAUUCCUUGAUUUUAAUGAUGCGGCCUAAACGAUGUUAAUCAAGUCCUACAGUGUCACCAGUCUCAAAACAGGACCUUGGCUGAAGUUGUAACUCUGCUCUCAUUCAUUCCCGUGCUCCUAGGAACUAAGAAAAUUGCACUAAAAAUAUGUGGUGGUCUUGUUCAUUUUUCUGCCCUGCCAGCAAAGUUCAGAAAACAUCUGUGCACCUGAGUCCCUGCUGCUUCUGGGACAGGGCUUCCCACCACUUCUUGGGGAAACUGUGUCCCCAGAUGCCUUGUUAGGGAAUUUGUCUCCGCAUGCCUGGCAAAUGUCUUUUCGUCAGCAUCUUAUACAUCAAUGGACCACCCAGUUAUCAUAUUCCUCCUGGGCUAUGUGUCAAGCUGCACAUUUAUUUUUCUUAAUCUUUUCUCAGAAAUCAAUUCCGUGAGUCCCUUAAUCAUUUUUAUUGAUCUUGCUUGAAUUUUCUCUAGGAUGAUGGCACCUGCCUGCUCCUGAAGCACAGGUGUUGUCUGCCUCACUUACUGUCACCAUCUCCACUGAGGUUCAACCAGACUCCACAAAUACACAGCACAGAGCAUGCCAGCUGACCUCUGUCUCAAAAAAUAGCUGUCCCCGACAAUUUGUGAGGCCCUACCCAGCAACCUGCGCCUUAACCAUUUGGGCAUCAUGUGCCGAUUCUGUAUCAGAUUCCAUUAUAGACAAAGCAUCAACAUUAUUAAGUGUACAGGUCCACUUUCCUGCCAUGUCUGUAAAUUUCCCAGACUGCAUAUCUACUUUCCAUCCAGCAUCCUACUUCUCUGCUUCUCACCGAACCCCGCUGCAUGUCGGAUGAGAGUUGUAAGACUGUGUCAAAAGAUAAAUGAAGAACAGAUUAUGUUCCACUUAAAAAAUCUCUUACUUUGCAAAGGUGGCAAGCUUGUUGGGGAUAACUUGUGUGACUAAAACAGAGACUAUUUGGAGAAUCACAGGAAACACAGGAUUCUCAGUAGGUGGAUCCUUUGACAUUUACGUGGUUUGGUUGGUGGCAUUACUGUUUGAGAUUGUGAUGUUGAAGCCCUACCUCUACGUCUAAGCUCGAGAAGAUGGACAUGUACCCUACAAAUCAAUGAGUGAGAUCGACUGUUCAGACAUUUGGUUCGGAGGUACUGACAGCACUAUGACAAACACCUGGGAAAGACAAAUGCACAUUAUCCCUGGCAGAAGAGAAAGACACCUGCCCUGGAGUGGGAAGUCCCUCCUGAUGCUUGGCCAGAUUGGAGGGGAAAAGGAGGCCUGACUGGGUCCAGAGGGAUGUCACACACUGGCCCCACCAGCCAUCACCGAUCACUUACCCAGGAUGUGUGCAGGUGAGCCGUGGCCUGCAGCCACUGGAAACACAGCUCUACAGUCAGAGGGAGAGACCAUGGACUACACAAGGAAGAUGUUUGGAAUCAACUUGGCCCUUCUGUUGGUGGGAGAACACAGAGUGCUGGGGUCAGACUCUGUGGCGAGGGUUGCAGGGGACCAUCCCCAGGCACAGCCUGAUCUCUGGAGUCCUUGGAUAGGCAGCUGCAGAAGCAACAAGCACACGCAGGCUGGCUGACUUUCAGAGUUCUAGACAUGUGUCCCUGUCUUUAAAAGUCAGUGCACGCUUGCAAAUAAAUCACUGCAGGGA